AUGCAAUCUGUGGAACAGUUUGCAGAACAAAUGAGAGCUUUGACUCAGCAGUGCAUCCAAAGCUUCGAUCAAUUUAUGGAUGUAAGAUUAUUAUAACCAUAAUUAGGAAUCUUAUUUGAAUAGAUUUAAAAUUUCGACUUGCUGUAUCUAUUGA